AUGACAAUUACAUCAUCAGGAUCCAGCUGGAGUUUGUUGUCUUGGUCGACGCCGUUGCUGAAACGCAGGAGGAAAGGCACCGAGUCCCAGAAGACAUCACGUGUUUCCAAGUGUAGUUGUGAGGAAGUGAACAAGCUAGACACUUAUGGAAGAAGUCUUCUUUUCUAUGCAGCCCGGUAUGAUCAACCGGAAGUUGCUAUUCAGCUUCUGGAAGCCGGAUGUGACCCAAAUGUCGGUGAUGAUGACGGGAUAACACCAUUGCAUGAGGCUGUAGACGCCGGAAGUUACGAUGUUCUGAAACUGCUUAUCAAACAAGGAUGCUGUGACGUAAACAGGGUCGACAAUGCCGGGGAAAGCCCACUGAUGUAUGCUACCAUGAAGGACGACAUCGAGAUGACGAAGUUGCUGAUUAAAUCGGGAGCCAGGAUUAACGACGUAGACAAUAUGGGCAGAUCGGCCUUUCUGAUUGGCUUACAUCUAGGGUCAGAGAGGGCAUGUUUACACCUGCUGAAAUGUGGAUGUGACGUCAAUCAGACUGACCUUGAGGGUCACUCAGCACUCCAUUUCGCCACUUACGCAACUGACCUUCAAACUCUCGACAUUGCCAGGAAAUUACUUAAGUCAGGGUACACAGCCAGGAAAGAUUCGGAGUGGCUUAAGAAAGCUGGAGAGUGUUCUUCAUGUUUAUUUCAGAAAGACGAAAAGUUUUACAAACAUGUCUUGUCUAAGGCUGGAAUCAAAAGUAAAAAAAGCGAAAAACCGGAACUGAUUAAAACAGUGCGACUCACAUACAUACACAAAGUGUUUCAUACCCGAGCGUCCUAAUUGACAGCUUGGAUGCGAUUGGAUAUAUGUAAAUGAUAUGUUAAUGACAUGUAAAUGUCAUGUUAAUGAUAUGUAAAUGAAUCAGAUGGGGAAUACAGUGCUGAAAUCCCGUUAUGAUACAACGAUAUGUUAUUGUCAAUUUCUUACCAUCUGCGAUAUAU